AUGGACAAGAUGUUCUUGCUGGGCCUCAUUCUAUUCUGCCUUUUGCAAGGUGAAGAGUCAAAAUUCGCUAAAAAAAAGGAAGUUUUGUGUUCUACUUGUGAAAGAUUUAAACAAGGUAAAUGUAUGAAAAAUGAAGGUACCUGUAUUACAAAGGCAAAGAAUGGAUGCAGAAGCCAGAGUGUCUAUGAAUAUGCUGGCAACACUACAGGGUUUGUCUUUUCUCAUGCGAAAAUGGAAUGUGUUGAGAAAUGUGAAGAGAAGACAGUCUACCUGGCUUGGUAUCGUCUGAUAAAUGCUUGCUGUUCAGACUUUAACCUAUGCAAUCUAGGAUAUUCACUUGCAUGA